ACUAAAAGAGUGUCCUUUCUUCGUUUGCGAGAAGUGCUGCAGAUCAAUAUGGGAAACAAGAAUAUGGGUUUGAUCCUGGGAUUCCUAGGGUUUUUGUUUCUGGAUUGGGUGUCCCUUUCCAUGGCUUAUGAUGUCCACAACUACACCUUUGUCCUGGGUAACACAAAUUUCGAAAGGCUGUGUAGCAGCAAGAGUAUGCUAGUAGUAAACGGCACGUUCCCUGGCCCAAAUAUUACUGUCCGUAAAGGUGAUAGGGCAUUUGUUAAUGUCCAAAACAAUGGAGAUUAUGGUGUCACUAUUCAUUGGCAUGGGGUGAAGCAACCUAGAAAUCCUUGGUCAGAUGGUCCUGAGAACAUCACACAAUGCCCCAUCCAACCAGGAAAAAACUUCACACAGGAAGUCAUAUUUUCUAACGAAGAGGGAACUCUAUGGUGGCAUGCUCAUAGCGACUGGUCACGUGCCACAGUCCAUGGCGCCAUUAUUAUUUUACCUGAAAACGGAACCACUUAUCCAUAUGAUCAACAACCUGAUGAAGAAGUAGUUAUCGUACUUGGGGAAUGGUUCUUGGGAGAUGUGAAGGAAUUAAUUGAUAAUGCCACGGCAACUGGCGGUGAUCCAACCCCUUCAGACGCCUACACCAUCAAUGGCCAACCAGGAUUUCCAAAUAAUUGCUCCAAUGAAACAUCAUACAGUCUAUCAGUCGAAUUCGGCAAGACAUAUCUUCUCCGUAUAGUAAAUGCAGUGAUGAACGAGGAAAUGUUCUUUGGAAUCGCACAACACAACAUCACAGUUGUCGGACAAGAUGGUUCAUACAUAAAGCCCAUCUCCACCAAUUACAUCAUGAUAACACCAGGACAAACAAUGGAUGUCUUGCUCACAGCAAACCAGACACCCAGUUAUUAUUACAUGGCUGCCACUCCUUUCUUCGACUCCAGCGCCCCAUUCGACAGUUCCAACACUUCAGCGAUUCUCAAGUAUACAGGCAAUUAUACAGUUCCAUCCUCUCCUCCCUAUCCUUCUCUUCCUAAUGUCACCGACAAGGAUGCUGCAGACAACUUCACAACUCGCGUAAGAUCAUUGGCAAGUACCGAGCACCCGAUUGAUGUUCCACAAGAAUUUGAUGAAAGAAUUGUCAUUACAGUUUCUGUUAAUCAAUUGCCUUGUGAUCAAGUUUCGUGUGAUGGCCCCAAUGGUAAUAGGCUAGCUGCUAGCUUAAACAACGUAAGCUUCGUGACCCCGACGAUUGACAUACUGCAGGCGUACUACAGGAAUUUGUCGGUUUAUGACGAUGAUUUUCCAGGUUAUCCUCCUUUUGUUUUUAACUACACAGGAGUUUCCGCUGACACAUAUCUACUUCCGAGCCAAGGAACAAAGGUGAAGAUGGUAGAUUACGGUAAAAAAAUUGAAAUAGUUUUCCAAGGGACAAACAUAGGGAAUGCAGAAAACCAUCCGAUGCAUCUUCAUGGUUUUAGCUUCUACUUGGUCGGGACUGGUUAUGGCAAUUUCGACAACACCACCUCCCCGGAUGGUUACAAUUUGAGUGAUCCCCCGGAGGUUAACACCAUCGGAGUUCCUAAAGAUGGUUGGGCUGCCAUUAGAUUUGUUGCCGAUAAUCCCGGGGUAUGGUUUAUGCACUGUCAUUUGGAAAGGCACGCUAGCUGGGGUAUGGACACUGUCCUCAUUGUGAGGAAUGGGACAACGGCAGAAACAAGCAUGUUGCCACCUCCACCUAAUUUGCCUACGUGUACCUAGUUUUCGAACUUGUUUGGCUUCAAUAAAUAAGGACUUGAAUUAUUAGUCCUUUCAAGAAACUUUCAAUUGUUGAAGA